AAACUUUCGGUUUGGUUCGGGGCGAGGGUAACACUCGGACGGAGAGCACUGCGGAAAAAGUAAAGUGUGAAGGGAAAAAGGAGAAGGAAACACAAAGUGACACGAAGAAGGGAAAAUAAAGGGUGAGCAUACGAGGAGAAAGUGAAAGAAAAGCGAAAAGAAGACAGGAACGAGAGAGAGAUACAAAUAAGAAGAACUAGAAGAGAAGAGGUUAGGAAGUCCGAAGCGCGGCAAACAAAGUAAGGUAGGGAAACGACAGAUGGCGACAAACAGAGGAAGACCAAGGGUAAAGCGGGAGAUAAGGCAGAUUUUAAAAAUACACUGGAUAAAUACAGCUUGUCAGAAAAAGAAACACCAAACAGGGAGAGAGGAAUGGAGGUAAUGAUGGAACAAAUGGAGAAAAUGGAAAGAGGAUUCGAGGCAAUGAUAAAGGAAAUAAAAGGUAUAAGACUUAUAGAAUAGUUGGUUAUAAUACUAGUUCAAGAAAUUAAUAUGAAUAACAUUAAACAUCUUGAUAUCAUAAUCUAUUGUUAUAAAACAAGCCAAUAUUUCGAAUAUUUUUUAUCUUUGUAUACAGUAUUUAAAAUGAGCAAUUUUUAUUAAAUGAAGCGUAUUGACAAACUUUUUUACAGGAUGUAAAGGAAGUGACAGCAAAAAAAAGUGUGGAAAGAGCGAAAGGAUUCAUCCAAGAAUGUGAUGCGUGAAGUACGCAUUCGUAAACUUUGUUUAAACAUCUGUGUCGGUGAAUCUGGUGAUAGAAUCAUUCGUGCUGCAAAGGUGUUGGAACAAUUAACUGGACAACAACCUGUUUUUUCUAAAGCAAGAUACACUGUGCGUUUAUUUGGUAUUCGCCGUAAUGAAAAAAUUGCAGUAUAUUGUACGGUAGGAGGUGCUAAAGCAGAGGAAAUUCUUGAACAUGGAUUGAAGGUACGGGAAUAUGAAUUGAAAAAAGAAAAUUUCUCUGGCACUGGAAACUUCGGUUUUGGUAUUCAAGAACACAUUGACUUAGGAAUUAAAUAUGACCCCAACAUUGCUAUUUAUGGCUUGGAUUUCUAUGUCGUACUUGGACGACCAGAAUAUUUAUCUGUUACGUCGCAUGAGAUGGUCCGUGCGACGUCCUCCAUUGUCCGACCGUCAAGGCCCAAGCACCGUUAUACAGACCCUCUGAACUACAGAUCAGUCACUUGUGCUCAGAAGUCAAGUCAGCAGAAUCGCCAAGUCGAAGACAGUCAAUCGACAGAAAAUACAUCAUCACAGUCGCCAACACGAAACGAGUCUCAGGUCGUACUCGUUCGUAGUUUGUCAUACCACAUACGUAACAUUGUAUCACAUUGAAGUUGUUGGAUCUUUGAAAAUAUAUAUUAACCUGUUAA